AUGUGGAAAGCCUCGGCCGGCCACACCGUGUCCAUCACCCAGGACGACGCGGGAGCCGACGACUGGGAAACUGACCCUGAUUUCGUGAAUGAUGUAAGUGAAAAAGAGCAGCGAUGGGGGGCCAAAACCGUCCAGGGGUCUGGGCACCAGGAACACAUCAACAUACACAAGCUGAGAGAGAAUGUGUUUCAAGAACACCAGACCCUCAAGGAGAAGGAGCUCGAAACGGGACCCAAAGCCUCGCACGGCUACGGAGGGAAGUUUGGUGUGGAGCAGGACAGAAUGGACAGAUCAGCUGUCGGCCAUGAGUAUCAGUCGAAGCUUUCCAAGCACUGCUCGCAGGUCGACUCCGUCCGGGGGUUUGGAGGCAAGUUUGGUGUCCAAGUGGACAGAGUUGAUCAGUCUGCUGUGGGCUUUGAGUACCAGGGGAAAACUGAGAAACACGCCUCGCAGAAAGACUACUCGAGCGGUUUUGGUGGCAAGUACGGCGUGCAGUCUGACCGCGUGGACAAGAGCGCCGUGGGCUUCGACUAUCAGAGCAAGACGGAGAAGCACGAGUCGCAGAGAGAUUACUCCAAAGGUUUUGGUGGCAAGUAUGGUAUCGACAAGGACAAGGUGGAUAAGAGCGCGGUCGGCUUUGAGUAUCAAGGCAAAACCGAGAAGCACGAGUCGCAGAAAGACUACGUGAAAGGCUUUGGAGGGAAGUUCGGUGUGCAGACAGACAGGCAGGACAAAUGUGCCCUUGGCUGGGAUCACCAGGAGAAGCUGCAUCUGCACGAAUCCCAAAAAGAUUAUAAGACUGGUUUCGGAGGCAGAUUUGGUGUUCAGUCCGAGAGGCAGGACCCCUGUGCUGUGGGCUUUGAUUACAAGGAGAGACUGGCCAAGCACGAGUCCCAGCAAGACUACUCCAGAGGCUUCGGUGGGAAAUACGGGGUGCAGAAGGACCGGAUGGAUAAGAACGCUUCCACCUUUGAGGACGUUGCCACUGUGGCCUCCACUUAUCAGAAGACUGUCCCUGUUGAAGCAGUGAGCAGCAAAACCAGUGACAUCAGAGCGAACUUUGAAAACCUGGCGAGGGAGAAGGAGCACGAGGACAGGCGGCAGGCGGAGGCGGAGCGGGCGCAGAGGAGGGCGAGGCAGCAGCGGGAACAGCAGGCGGCGCGCAGGCAGCUGGACGAGCAAGCCCGGGCCCAGAAGCCCACGCCCCCCGCGUCGCCCACGCCCCAGCCGGCCCAGGAGAGGCUGCCUUCCAGCCCCGUCUGCGAGGCCGCGGCUCCGUUCCAGGCCGAGCCGAGCCACACCGGUGAGCCUGAGCCGGUGUACAGCACAGAGGCCACCGAGUACCGGGAGGCCUAUGCCCCGGAGGCCGUCUACGAAAGCACGGAGGCCCCGGGCCACUACCAAGCAGAGGAGGGUACCUACGGUGAAUAUGAGAACGACCUUGGAAUCACAGCCAUCGCCCUCUAUGACUACCAGGCUGCGGGCGAUGAUGAGAUCUCCUUCGACCCCGACGACAUCAUCACCAACAUCGAGAUGAUUGACGAUGGCUGGUGGCGCGGGCUGUGCAAGGGCAGGUAUGGGCUCUUCCCCGCCAACUACGUGGAGCUGCGGCAGUAG